AUGGGAAUUCCUGCGCAGGCUUUUGAAUCUGGAUUAUCCACAUCACCUAGCACCGCUAGCUCUAGCGCCAACGGUUCUAACGGCCUUCCCUCAGUAGCGAAGAAAGCUAGGAGUAACAGCAAGCUCAGCGACCCAUCUGUAUUGGCCAACCUAUCGGCUUCAAGGGCCGCAAGGGAAUCACGAUUUUCACUAUAUGAAGUAGAAAUCAGACGUCGGGUUUGGUGGACGAUAAUGUACUACGAUCUGUUCGUAUCAGACAUAAUGAACCAACCACCUCUUAUUGCCGACAAUUCCUUCAACACUAAGCGCCCUGUGGCAAAUGUGGACGAAAAAGCUUUUGGGCCUACGUCAAUUCGAAUCCCUCCACCAGCUGACGGCGGUGAAGAUGGAACUGGGUACAGUAAGGAUAGUAUGAGAUAUUUUGAAAUUCGAUCUCGGCUUACACUGUUAGUGCGAAAUAUCAAACGACGAAUGAAUACACCGGAGUUUGGCCAUGCUCAGCAAGUCCGGACGUCCUACUAUGGGACUUCCCCGCACAGUCAUUGCUAUUCUAUAGACCAAGCGGCUUCUAUGGAGGCUGAAGUUCGCGCCUGGUUGAAUGAUCUUCCAUGGUACUACCAAGUCGAA